UACUCUCUGUCUCUCUUUGGUCCAAGGCCGGGUGUGCUGCAGGGGUUGUGUAAGCUCUGGUUCAGGAGUGAGAUGGAGCUUGGGCUGAGACUAGGGGAGGCGCCGGAGAAGGGGGGAAGGGGACUGGGGUUGAUGCUUGGGAUGCGACUGGUGGUUGGGCGUGGCGGAAAGGACGAGGAUGACGAGCGAAGAGUGGAAGAAGAGGAAGAAGAGACGGAAGAGGGAAGGGGCUUGGCGGAGGCGCCGCUGCAGCUUAGCCUCCUUCCCCUCUUGCCUGUCCCUCCGCAGCAGCCUUCUUCCCCACAGCUCCGGUUACCAUGGACGACGGAGACCAAAAAUUUGGAUGCCUCGAUGCGGGGGUUCGAUAUGAAUCAUGCGCCAUCGGCAGUGGCGGCGGACGAAGCGGCGGCGUCGUCGUCGUCAUCACCGAAGAGUAUUCCGUCCUCCUUCCAGAUGGACUUCUCUGCCCAAAGAGGCGGCGACGAGCCGGGUGGAGGAGGAGAAGCGACGACGGUGGAGAUUGGGUCGUUGAGGGUGAGCGACGAAGAGGAGAACGGGCUGGGGAGGAAGAAGCUCCGACUCACCAAGGAGCAGUCCGCCUUCCUCGAGGAGAGCUUCAAGGAGCACAACACCCUCAACCCGAAACAGAAGCUUGCUCUGGCCAAGCAGCUCAACCUGCGGCCACGACAGGUGGAGGUCUGGUUUCAGAACAGAAGAGCCAGGUACUCUUCUUCCUUCUUCAUGCAUUUUCGACAUCUCGGCUCCUCUUCCACCGCAAAGAUCGAACCUUCGUCUUCCUACACCCCCAUGCUGGGUACCUUUACUCCUCUAUACAAGCUCAUCACAGCUCGAGCUAAUAACAAUAACAGGACAAAGCUGAAGCAGACGGAGGUGGACUGCGAGUACCUAAGGCGCUGCUGCCAGACGCUGACGGAGGAGAACCGCCGCCUCCAGAAGGAGGUAGCGGAGCUGCGGGCCCUCAAGACCUCCCGUCCUUUCUACAUGCACGUCCCAGCUACCACCCUCUCCAUGUGCCCCGCCUGCGAGCGCGUCGCUUCCACCACCACCAUCCCCACCGCUCCGGCUACGCCCAGCGCAGACCACCGGCCAAACUCCUUCGCCGCCCUCUUCUCGAAACCUGGAGCCCUGCAGUCGGGCUCCCGUACUGCUCCUUCGGCGCCUCGCCUGCCGUCGCCGGCCUCCUGAGGGCUGUGGCUGGCCAUUGAUAUUGUCCUUCUGGCAAAUCUUUUUGAGCUUGAAGGGAUUUUGUGGUUUCUCUUCAUUAUUUUUUUAGAGGAAGGAAAAUUGAUCUUAGUGACGAGUGUUGACAUAUUCUGCAUAAUCUUAAUUAGAUAUUGGUACAGUUUAAUCA